CAAGUGUAAAUCUCGUUAUCUCUAUGUGUUACCAACUCAACUAGCUCGAAUAAUCCAGCGAAGAACGACCGAGUAAUUCAUGUUGCAUCUGAUCUGCUGACGUUGCCCUAAACUGUGAGAACGUAGAAAAAUGACAAUAUGCAUUCUUUAUUUUUGGGAUUGGAGCUAACUUUCAUAAUUAGGUUUCUGCUUACUGAGAAAGGAUGGUAGUCAAGAUUUUGAAAGACAUUUUCUGAUUCAAAUAACACCUGAAGUAUAAAAGUCGGUUCCAGAAUGACCUCGUCGUCUCCUUCAGAAUCAAAACACAUACCCACUCGCAGGUAUGGCAUUUCUGCGUGGGUUGGACAGAGAUUUGAAAAACUCGUUAGUAAUUCAAAUCUAGAAGAGUUGGGAACAUCACCACGGGGCGAGGAUUUCCUUCAAAACUUUAACAAACAACAGUUUGUUGCUACUGAUGCAGGAAUGGAAGAAGCCCAUUCCAGACACACACUAGUCACCUCGGCAUCUUCUUCGCUACUUUACCAAUCCAGCAAUACGAAUAUGUCAAAAGAACCCACUCCUAAUGUUUCUCCAUUCGGCUCUCCUAAAUUGGCACGUAAAGUAUUUGAAGGUAAUCUACAACAGUUGUCUAUGGAUUCAACUCCGUCCAACUUGGUUACCUCUGGAUUUUUGUCAUAUGGUAGAAACACUGCAAGCUUCAAUGCACCUCUUUCAUCAAUUAAAGAGGCUCCUGACAUGCCUUCAGCUUUAGCAGAAAAGAAAUCCUAUGCAGGAACUAAAAGAGGUGAAACACGUAUGCGGAAGAUAUCGGCUCCUGCCAUGAGCUACCGUAAAUGUGCUUUUUCCAACUUUGAUAUGAAUGCCUUAGGUCCAACAUCUUGGUAAUACAGAUACUUCGAUCUUGAGAAAUGAUAAAACCUGUAUUGUAUAUACAUGUAAUGAAAAGUUUUACAUCAGUAUAAUUUCUGUACAUUCUAUAAGAAUAUUUCAUGCAACUCGGUUGUGUGGUAGCUUUUAAUUUUCAGUGCUUUAAAGUAUUAUAACUUGAAAUUGUUUUAAUCAGAAAUGUGAAGCUUCAUCAGCUGUUUAACUUGAGAAGGGCAGCUACCUGAAAUGCAGUGGAAAUAAAAUGAAUAUAAAUUCCCUG